AUGAAGAAGUUUGUCACCCUCGUUUUGCGUGGCCUGGUCAGCCUCUCUAAGGAUAAGACAUGGGGGAAGGAGCACGCCCAGUCGCUGAAGAGAGAGGCCAGGAAAGGAUGGGCUAUGAUCUUGACUGUGUAUCUGAGUGAUGGGGAGCAGGCGCUGACGGAGGUCCCCAUCACCCCGGAAACAACAUGUCGUGAUGUGGUGGAGUUCUGUAAGGAGCCCGGAGAGACCGGAUGUCACCUGGCUGAAGUCUGGCGUGGCAACGAGAGAGCCAUUCCCUUUGAUCACAUGAUGUACGACCACCUUCAGAAAUGGGGCCCCAGGAAACAAGAGGUUAAGUUCUUCCUGCGGCACGAAGACUCACCUGCCGAAAACAGCGACCAGGGGAGUCAGCAGUCUCAGGAACAGGCCAACAGGAGAAGUAUAAGCAGCUCAGACAAGCACAAUGAAAACGGGGUUGGGAACCCCCGUGUGGAGCUCACUCUCUCUGAGCUUCAGGAGAUGGCCACGCGGCAGCAGCAGCAGAUUGAGGCCCAGCAGCAGAUACUCGUUGCUAAGGAGCAGCGUUUGCGGUAUCUGAAGCAGCAGGAGCGGAGGCAGCAGCAGACGGCCUCUGAGGCGGAGAAGUUGCAGAGGCUAAAGGAACGAGUGGAGAGUCAAGAGGCCAAACUGAAAAAGAUUCGUGCCAUGAGGGGUCAGGUCGACUACAGCAAAGUCAUCAACGGAAACCUGUCAGCAGAGAUAGAGCAUAUCAGCGGACUGUUCCAGGAGAAGCAGGCAGAGCUGCAGGCAGCCAUGCUAAGAGUGGACCAGCUCAGUCAGCAGCUGGAAGACCUGCGCAGGGGCAAACUCAACGGCCUGCAGUCGCUCAGUGGUCAGGUCACAGGGAAUGCUGCUCUGGAGCUCCGCAAACUCUACCAAGAGUUACAGAUUCGGAACAGACUGAAUCAGGAACAGAACAGUAAGCUGCAGCAGCAGAAGGAGCUGCUGAACAAACGGAACAUGGAGGUGACUCUGAUGGACAAACGCAUUAGCGAACUGCGCGAACGCCUCUAUAAGAAAAAAGCUGAGCUGAACAGAGCUAACGGUCCUCCCUCACCCCAGCCAGCCCCUGGUAGUUCAGGGCGUGUGGCAGCUGUGGGGCCCUACAUACAAGUCCCUGUGCCGGGCAGGCAGGAUGGGGGAUACGGGAUGCCACCAGAGCCCCUAAAGCCUCAGUCACUGGGGGUUAACAGCACAGGCAACCAUGCCCGCUCCAAAUCAGAUGGCGUGAGAAAGGCCCCCGGCCCCUGGAAGGUCUCUGAUUUAGACAUCAUAGUGGACCCUGUCCCGCCGUCCCCUCCAGAACCCCGGCCGGGCCACGGGGCCCCAGCCUCCUCUUGCUCCACCUCGGGGUCAGACGGAGCCUCUCUGUGGAUGUCAUGUAAUUGUGUUUCUUUCUCUGUCGCUCCACUUUUAGCUAAUGAUGCUGGCUGGCCAACCAUGGGCAAACCCAGUGCUUCUCUGAAGCCCCCGGAUUUAAAGGAACCUGGUUCAGAUACGCUCAUCAAGACUGGCUCCUCUGCCAGCAUUCCCGCAGACAAGAUUCAAGACACUUCUAAGACAGGCUCAGGUCCACCUCUCUCUAAGCCCCAGCCUCCUCCAUACGGUGCCCACACAAGUUCCCAUCCCAGCGUCAGCACCCUGUCUUCAGCCAACUCUGGUUCCACCAGCUCUCUGGACCGCCGUAAAGAUGUCCCACUCCGACCUGUACCUUCCCUACCCACCAACCCCCCGAAUCCUCCCACCCAGCCCCCGGCCUGGCCACGGGUGCCUCCCUCCACAGGCUCAUCCUCCCAACAAAUCCAGCAACGCAUUUCCGUGCCUCCCAGUCCCACCUUUCAACCCAGCUCGCCUCUCUUCCCCCCUGGAGAGAGACCCGAUCCCCCUCUGGCUGUGGCCGUGCGCCCCUUCAUCCCAGAUAAGGGUUCACGGCCACAGUCUCCCCGGAAAGGCCCGCCCACUAUGAACUCCAGCUCCAUCUACCACAUGUACCUACAGCAGGCAGCACCCAAGAACUACCCACUGGGCAACAAGCCUGCCGUCAAAGCAGUGUAUGGUAAGCCAGUAUUACCAUCUAGCUCCACGCCACCCUCUCCUUUACCCACUCCUCACAUGGGGCCCUUCCCUGGACUCCUGGUCUCUGGAGGAGACGGGGUGGAUGGUGAUGGAGACCUAGAGAUCCAGAUGUCUGGUAUUCCGGAUGCCCCUCCGCCCAGCGUGGAGCACAUCCCACGUCCUCUCAGUCCCACCAAACUCACCCCAAUGGUCCAUUCGCCAAUGCGUUACCAAAGCGACGCCGAUCUGGAGGCACUGCGGAAGAAACUUGCCAAUGCGCCGCGGCCACUCAAGAAACGCAGCUCCAUCACGGAACCGGAGGGACCCAGCGGACCCAACAUCCAGAAACUUCUCUACCAGCGCUUCAACACGCUGGCCGGGGGCAUGGAGGGAACGGGUGAAGGAGUAGUGGGUACUCCAUUCUACCAGCCGACCUUGGCACCGGGCGAGGGACUCGCUGAUGCAGACAACGGAAACCCACCCUCCGAGACGGCCUCCGUGCCCUCUGCUACCACCGUUGCCGAGGGAACGGCCUCCGACCCCCUUCCACAAAGCGACGCUAACGAUAACCAGCCACCACAGCCUCAUUCUGAGACCCCUCCUGAAUCCGACCAAUCGCAGGAUGACAACAACAACAACAACCCGGCCGGAUCCUCUGCCACGUUACCCAGCCCUGUGCACGAGGUCUGCACACCUGAGGAGACAGGAACAUCACCCUCUCAGCCAACGGAGAAGCGCACAAACCUGAAGAAGCCCAACUCUGAGAGAACGGGUCACGGACUUCGGGUCAAAUUCAACCCUCUGGCUCUCCUGCUGGAUGCCUCAUUGGAGGGAGAGUUUGACCUGGUGCAGAGAAUUAUCUAUGAGGUGGACAACCCCAGCACCCCCAACGAUGAGGGCAUCACUCCCCUACACAACGCAGUGUGUGCUGGACACCACCACAUUGUCAAGUUCCUUCUCGACUUCGGUGUCAACGUCAAUGCUGCAGACAGUGACGGCUGGACGCCGUUGCAUUGCGCUGCAUCCUGUAACAGUGUUCACCUGUGUAAGCUGCUGGUGGAGUCUGGGGCAGCCAUCUUUGCCACCACCAUCAGUGACGUAGAAACGGCGGCGGACAAAUGUGAGGAGAUGGAGGAGGGAUAUAUCCAGUGUUCUCAGUUCCUAUAUGGGGUUCAGGAGAAAAUGGGAGUGAUGAACAAAGGUGCAGUGUUUGCUUUGUGGGAUUUUGAAGCUCAGAGUGCAGAUGAGUUGUCUUUUCAAGAGGGCGAUGCCAUCACCAUCCUGCGUCGUAAAGAUGACACAGAGACAGAGUGGUGGUGGGCCAGACUCAAUGACAAGGAAGGUUACGUCCCACGCAACCUCCUCGGGCUGUAUCCCAGGAUAAAGCCGAGGCAGAGGUCCCUGGCGUAGCCCACACAGUCUGUCUCUGCCUCUCUCCUGGGUUAACAACUGGACUGCUAUUUGAUGGGGGAGGUUUCUGGCCCCCCCCCCCGCCCUCCUUCCCUUUGGGUUACAACUCCUCUGGAGGACUGAAGCUGCUAAACCCUGAAUCCUCACUGGAGGAACAAUCAACACGAAUCCACACACUCCUUCACACACAUACAUACACACACACACACACACACACACACACACACACACACACACACAUACACACACACACACAUACAUACACACAAAAAGAAGCAGAUCAAGGAACCCUGAGUGUCUAGAUCAGCUUUCCACCCAAACCACCCCACCUCCUGGAGUCUACCUGCUCCUGCACCCUAACACUCUGACCUCAUCUCUACCCUGGGUCACGCGCAGAACUGGAGCACACACCUCUCCAUAGAGAUCAAAGCACUAACUGCUCAGAGUUGAACAAUUUUCUUCAUUUGGUUUUGCUGUUUUUUCCUUUUGUUUUUUUGUUUUUGUUUUGUAUUGAGGAAAUAUACCUUGUGCUCCAGGCUGGUUCAGUCUGUUUUGCUGGUGUGUGCAUUUCCUUCAGAGCUGUCGAUCAAAGAGGGACUUCUGAUGCUGUGAACAGUCAGUCCACAAACCUCUAAGCUUCUUAUGUAUGUAUAAAUUAAUUAAGAACAGAGAGAGAAUAUGUAUGUGGCAUUCGCUGGAAGGGAUUUCUCACAUGCUGUAUCCUCAAAUGAGGAAAUUUGAGGGAAUAUGAGUGAACGUGUGGAAGUUUCUGGAUCAGGGGUAGAGAACCUUUCUACUUUGGAGCUGGUGUGUGUGUAGGUUGUGAUUGCAGACAUAAUAGGACACAUUUGAUUCAGCUUGUCAUGAGUAGAGGUAAGCAGCUGAUUGGCUGAACCAGGAGUAUUAAUUUGAUGGCACUGAAGUGUCCAUGCACGCCACUUCAUGGAAGGAUGGUUGACCUCUAUUUCAGAACAGACAUAAGCGUGAGAUUACAAAUAUAUGGUAUGCGUAGAAUAAAUUUAUUACAGAGUCCCGAUAUGUUUGCUUCAAAGGAUAUGCUUAUAAGAGAGGACUGGGACUGGUAUGUGUGUUUGGUGUGUGUGUGUGUAGAAUGGAUAUUGAGUGUUUGAGUGAGUUAAUGUGUAUGCUUUUUCUACAGGGGCAAAUGUAUUAUGAGUUAUAUGGUGUGUAUGUAGCAUGUGUGAAAGAGAGAAAAAGAGUGAUGAAAAUAGAUGAUGUCUAAUAACUUGUGGACGGAGAGCGAGAGAGACAGAGAAAUACACAAACAUGUCUAAAGCAGAAGCCAAACUAGUAUCUCUGACCAGUUUAUAGUGACUCAGAAAAGGCAAGUGUGAACACUACUGUCAGAUGCAUUUGAGACAACACUGCGUCAACAGGUCAAGGUGGGUGCAAAAACAGCACUUGGGUUAACACAAGAAAAUGCCACUGAAGUCUUACACUAGCAGAUGAAAAAAGGUCUGUCUUUUAAAAAAUAAAAAAGCAUAUUUACAAUUUUUUUUAAAUUUUACACUACGUUCUGCUUCUUCUAAUGUUGCAUCUCAUCAGGUGAGCUCAGUUCCCCAUACCUGUCAUAAUUCCGACGAGCUGACGUUUUUACCCUGCCUCUCAGGCAGCAAAGAGCUUUACUGUGGUUUUACCAUGUACAUACAGUGAGAGAAGAGCUUUGAUUCAAUGCUGUAAGAUAGAAACUGCCCUGGUGUGAUUUGCUGUAUGGUGUAAGGAUACAGUGAGUCACACACCCUGUUCUCUAAAUGUGCACAAUAAAAAGAACAUGUCCCGGCA